CUCUUAUCCCCGCCUCACCCACUCGCGCCGCGCGCCUUAUCCCAAGCGCGUUUCUUUCUGAUCCCAAAUCUCCAGCCCGCGCAGCCUGAUCCCAGAGCUCGUCACCUCUUCCUCAGCUCCACGCCUCGCUCGCGCGCGCGCCCCGGACGCACCACCACCAGCAGAGAUGGCCGCCCUCGCCGCCUUCUCCACGGCCGCCUUCGCCGCCAAGCCGCGCCUGCCCCGCGCGCGCCUCUCCGUGGCCUGCUCCGCCACCGGCGGCGGGGACAGCAGCAGCAGCGGCAGCGGCGUCUCGCUUGCCUCCUCCGUCAAGACCUUCUCGGCCGCGCUGGCGCUGUCGUCGGUGCUCCUCUCCUCGGCCGCCACCUCCCCUCCGCCCGCCGCCGCCGACAUCGCCGGCCUCACCCCGUGCAAGGAGUCCAAGGCGUUCGCCAAGCGCGAGAAGAACUCGAUCAAGAAGCUGACCGCCUCGCUCAACAAGUACGCCCCCGACAGCGCCCCCGCGCUCGCCAUCAACGCCACCAUCGAGAAGACCAAGCGCCGCUUCGAGAACUACGGCAAGUUCGGCCUGCUCUGCGGCGCCGACGGCCUGCCGCACCUCAUCGUCAGCGGCGACCAGCGGCACUGGGGCGAGUUCAUCACCCCGGGCCUGCUCUUCCUCUACAUCGCCGGCUGGAUCGGGUGGGUCGGCAGGAGCUACCUCAUCGCCAUCAGCGGCGAGAAGAAGCCCGCCAUGAGGGAGAUCAUCAUCGACGUCGAGCUCGCCACGAGGCUCCUCCCCAGGGGGUUCAUCUGGCCCGUCGCAGCCUACCGCGAGCUCAUCAACGGAGAGCUCGUCGUCGACGACAAGGACAUCGGCUACUACUAAGCGCACCUGCAUGGCUGGUGGCGACCGGCGAGUUGGGCAGCGACUGUGUUGGGGAAGAUGCAUGGCUUGUGGUGUAGGAGCUAAUAGGAUGAUGGAGGAAUGGAAGCUCUGUUGUACUUAAGAAACUGGAUGAAGCCUUGUAUAACUGUACCUCUCUCUUGUGUGUAUUCACCUUCUUGAAAAUUCUUGAGAACGAUUUCAUUUUGCAUUGCGUUUCCGGUUCCA